CUCUUUCCAAGAGAAACUAAUCAAACUAUUUUUCACUUAAUACACUCUUCACAUCUAAAAAUCACCUCUCUAGUCUCUUCUUCACAUCUCUUCUCUGCUUAAUCACCCUCCCCUUCCUCUGUUUUUCUUCCAAAAACAGAGACUGGUCACUUGUUCAUAUCUCUCUCUUGGCCAUCCUUGGAUUCAAUUGUAAACAAGGGUGAUGAUGUUUAUGGUGAUUGGUAGCAGGUGCUCUCACACUUCCCACAUCACUGAAAUCAUAAUCACCAGCUUCUUCCGCCAUAAGCUGUAGAUCUCAACUCUUUCCACAUAGUUUAAGGGGUAUUUAUCAGGAAACCCUGAUUCUUGAUUACUUAAGCGAAAGUGCGCCUAUGGCUGUUUCUUGAAAAGAUCUUAGCUUUAUAAUACUACUAAACUUAUAGAAUUCGAAGCUAUGAUGGCUCCAGGUAUGCUCUACGGUGGGGCUUCUUCUAAUUAUUUCGAUGGUGUUUUCAAUCAGAAACAGAGGGUUAUGUCUUCUUCGUCUACUGUAAAAGAGCAUCUUGCUUCUCUUUUUGCCCCUGCCUCUUCUUCUUCGUUCUUGGGAUCCAGUUCUAUGGUCAGUUUCGGCGGUGUUAAUGGAGGGAAGAGGUCAUUCUUUGACUCGUUCGAUCAGGAAGACAAUGAAGCUGAUGAAUUGGGGGAGUAUUUUCAUCAAGCAGAGAAGAAAAGGCGACUUACAGAAAACCAAGUCCAGUUUCUUGAGAAGAGUUUUGAUGAAGAGAACAAACUGGAACCUGAAAGAAAAGUCCAACUUGCUAAAGAACUUGGUCUCCAGCCUCGCCAAAUUGCUAUUUGGUUUCAGAAUCGUCGUGCACGAUGGAAGACUAAACAGCUCGAGAAAGAUUACGAGGAACUGCGGAAUAAAUAUGACACUCUCAAAUCAAAUUACUGUAAUCUUCUCAAGGAAAAGGAAAAUCUUACAGCUGAAGUUUUUCAGCUCACUGAUAAGCUGCUUGUCAAAGACAAAGAAAAUGGGCAAUUGGCUUUAUGCGAUUUCCAGAAACGCUCUGAUGCAUCCCCAAAUGAAACCAACGUUGAUCCAAUUUCGAGGAUAGAAAUGUCCAAUGUGCCCACUCAGGUUCUUAAGCCUCAGCAGCAGCACCAGCAGGAAGAUUUAAGCUCCACUAAGAGCGACGUCUUCGACUCAGAGAGCCCACAUUACACUGGUGGGGUCCACUCCUCUGUCAUAGACCAGGGCGAUUCUGCUUAUGUGUUUGAAACGGAGCAGUCAGAAUUAUCUCAGGAUGAUGAUGAAAACUUCAGCAAGACUAUGCUUUCUACUGCCAACCUGCUAGGCAAAGCCGAGGAUGAUAAUUAUCCGGUGACAUCCUCAAAUUUGAGCUACUUCGGAUUUCCAAGUGAAGACCAAGGUUUUGGUUUCUGGACUUACUAAGUUCAUGGUUGUAUUUAGUUGUAAUGCGGAAUACUAUUUUAUGUGUCAUAUAUUUGGAGACAUUGUAUAGCGGCAUAUUUCUGUAAUAAAUAAAGUCCAAUGUAUGUGUCCAGCACCCAAAUGAGGUGAUGGGUUCUGGUCACAAAACAGUUGGGAACUAUGGCUAUUGCGCUUUGUAAACCUGUUGUGUAGCUAGCUGGUGCUUUAUGUUGUGAAAUCUGACUUUUGUUUGUCAA